AUGGCUAUUGAAGACCUGCUCAGCAUACCAGAGAUCCACGACCUUGUUGCCAUGCUUCUCUCCACGAGCGACUAUCUCGCGCUGUGCCGUGUCUCCAGGCAGUUCCACACAAUCUUCAUACCAAAGAUAUGGAGUCGUGUCUAUUUCGAUCGGCCUCAGGACCUGGACUCUUUCGAAAAGGGACUGUCAAGGCACGGCUCUCUUAUCCAGCACUUGAGAGUCGCCAACCAGGCCGGACACAACCGCCUUCCAUGGCGCAUCCGUCAAUACUGCAUCGGCAUUGUCUCUCUUGUUGUCCUGGAUCACAACAUCCAGAUUGUUAGCAGCCUGCUAUUCCACGAUGACACACGCACCUUCGAACCGCCGUUCCGUUCGCUGAGCAUUCUGGAGCUGGAUCUGAGCACUGAUGAUUGUCAGCUGUUUCUUUCGGCCUCCCUUGCAGCAAUCAAGGCGAGUCGCGGUAGUUCGUGGGCAUCUCUCCACAGCCUUCGCAUCAAGACAGCACGAUAUCGAGCGAUCUUUUUUUCGCUGAGCGACUUUCUGAGAACAUUUCCCAAUCUUCGACAACUUCGUCUACAUUGGAUGACCCUCAAUGAGAACAAGACCCACAAGGAUGCGAACAUGGCAGCCUCUUCUAGCGAGUCUGUGAACUGGAUUCAUGGGCUUCACGAGUUAUACCUGCCUCGUACUUGCAUUUCUGCCCCCAACUUGUUAGAAGCUUUACAACGACUGCCACUCCUCCAGAGCCUCCAUAUUGCGGAUUUUAGUAACUAUGACGGUAUUCAGAGCGUUUUUAAAAACCUGCAUAUUUUCUGCCCGCACCUCACCACGAUCGCCAUGCUAGGAGAUGGUCACCCGAUAUCGAAUGACCUAUGGAUCGAUCUCUUCAGAAAAUCCCCAGGACUCCGAGGAUUCCACAUCGGCAAUACAGGUUUCAAUGAUGCGGCACUUCGGAUGCUGCAGCAUCAUUGUGGUGAUCUCGAAGAACUUUCCAUUUCAUCUGAGCCGGCUGUGACCGCCCAGGGUGUGCGUGAAGUGUUGGAGGAUUGUCCACGUCUUGUCCGGUUGGAGCUGUGGUUGAGCGGGCUGUCUUCUGAAGUCUUUGUUGGUCUGAGAGAGUGGGCAUGUCGAAGGACACUGUCGGAGAUUUUCAUCAGUCGGCUCGAAGUACGCACGAAUGACCAUGAACAGAUCGGGGCCCGUCUACAAGGACUGGAAAAUCUGAGGAGACUGACAUUUGGCUGCGACCGGGGCCACAUGGACAUGCUGUUGUUCAGACAGCGCGGACAGGCGAUCUACCCAAAACUGGAAUUUCUGUGGCUCCAAAACAUGGAGCCGAGAAUGACUGCCGAGCAGAUGGGACAGCUCUUGGCUGCGCUACCUCGGGUUCAUGAGAUGACAAUACUCCAUUGUCUCUCAGACGAGGCUAAAGAAUGGCUUCAGCACCACCACCACCACCGGCACCUCAACAUACAUGCAAUCUAA